AAAGCCCUCAACCGCGACGUGCGCAGCUGAACCGGCCAUUGAUUCCCGUCCAUCGCAGCAUUCUGUCGGCACCGAACCCGUCCGCUGCGUGAAAAUGGCCCCGUCACUCAACACGCAGAGAAUAGACGCCGUCUUCCAGGCUCGGCCUGACAUCAUUGCCAGCAUCAGCCAAGCUGCAGACUCUCCCGGGCGAAUUGCCCUUUUCAACGAAAUCGCCGACCACGUCUACGAGCGGCUACAAGAGCAUGGAGAGCCGACACAGAAGCGGAGGAAGGUCGGCGCAGAGACGGGCGGCAGCCCAAGCAGUCAGGCGGCGCUGUCAAACGCAGCAGACGAGGCUGUUCUUUUGAGCAUUGCGGAGAUUUCGGUGUCGGUCCCUCAGAGGAAGAAGCUGGAGAUAUGCUUCACCUCAAACCACUUAUAUGCCAGAGCCCCUGGAACAACAGCUCCCCUGCAGGGCGCCAGCUACGCGUGGAGGGAUAUUGAAUAUGCAUUUUAUCUGCCCGUCCCUGACAAGGCUCAGGUUCAGCACAACUACAUCAUAUUCCCCAAGGGAACCUGUUUACCUUCCAAGACGGCUAAUCCACCAUCCGUGGAGCCGCUCGUCUUCACCGUUCCUGCAACUUCCCCAAAGCAAGGCACCAUUGGGGGGAGUGAGUCAGGGGCUGCUGCCGCAGUGUCAGAUAACUACAAGUCCCUGUUCCACUGGGCCAUGAACCAGCGGCUGCAGGCUGCAGGCACCGGCGUCAAGAUUGUCUCUGCCGACCCAAACAAAUUCCACAGCAUGAUUCGCCAGCCUCACCGGCCAAACGAGACGGCGGUCCAUAUUGGCGGCUUCAGGGGCUCAAAGGACGGCUACCUCUUCUUCCUCGAAAACGGCAUCUUCUGGGGCUUCAAGAAACCCCUCAUCUUUAUCCCCAUGAACCGCAUUGCCGCGAUUAGCUACACGAGCAUUCUGCAAAUUACGUUCAACAUGGUGGUCGAAGUCUUCACAGAGGAGGACGGCAAGACAGAGGAGCUCGAGUUUGGUAUGCUGGACCAGCAAAACUACGGCGGCAUCGACGACUACGUCAAAACCAACAGACUCCAGGACAGAAGCAUGGCUGAGCAAAGAAAAGCGAAGCUGCAGCUGGCUGAAAACAAGGGCCCUAAGAAGAAGGAUGGAGAAGGGGAAAAUGGCGACGCUGAUGCAGCCGAUGCAGCAGGCGAUGGCAUGACUGAGCUGGAGCGUGCACAGCUGGAGGCUGAACAACAGCUACAGGAUGAUGAAGACGAAGACGAGGAGGACUAUGAUCCUGGAAGUGAGGGGGAGAGUGAAGGCUCAGGCUCCGACGACGACGAUGAUGACGACGACGAUGAUGAUGAGGACGAUGAAGAGGAGGAUGACGAAGAGGACCCAGAAGGCGAAGAAGGAGAGGGUGGCGAGGAGGAAGAGGAAGAAGAAAAGCCCGUCGUCAAAGAACAGCCUCCAAAGCCUACCCCAAGGGCAAGCAGAGCAGCCAAACCAGCCAAACCAGCGGCAAAGCCCGCGGAACCAGUCAAAGCUGAGGAGCCCAGCAUACCUGUUCGAACAGGCUGGGCAGCUUUCACUUCCCGACCAGGCACAGACGUCGACAUGGCUGAUCAUGAUGAUGAAAAGUUUGAUGUGGUGGGAUAAAGGGGGAAGGGGAAAGUAUCUUGAGACCAGAAAAACAAAGGACACAUGUGUCUCCUCCUUAUAAGUGAAUGAAUAUUGGGGUGCAUGUUUGAGUUGGCGUUUGAAAAGUAAGAAAAAGGAUACUAGGUCGGCCAGGAGGUGCGGGCUUCAUGAUACUCAAGUUACCUCUGCAAGGCGUUGAACGUAGCAAGGCAGAUAUGAUGCUUGGGUGUAUAUAUUUGUGAGAGGCUUUAAAAGGCCAUCGCUGAUAAUAGAGACACAUAAUGACACAUCUC